AUAAAAAAACAAAAACAGUUUCAGCUCACACACAAAAACAGACUAUUUCUCUCCCUCUCUCUUUCUGUCUUCUUCCUUCUGCAUUUCAAUGGCGUUUUCUCUACAGUGCUUACUCCCUGCAAUCCCUACAAUUCACUUCAAUUUUUCAUCUUCUUCUUCUUAUUCUUCAAUCACUUCGACUUCUCUCUUCGUCACACCAAUUCGGUCUCCGUACAAUGACCGGAAAUUGCGCCGCGAAUUCCGGUGCACUGCAAUGGUCCAGCAGGCCGUGCAGGGCGCUCCCGCCACCUACGCCAAGGAAAUGGAACGACUCUCAGCUAAAGAAUCGCUUCUCCUUGCUCUUUCCAGGUCUCCCUUUCUUGAAGGUCGAUGGAAUAUCGAGUGGUUUGGGUCUGGUAGCCCGGUAGUAGUUGCUGCUAGAUCUAUAUUUGGGAGAUUUCCUCCAACAUUGGCAAAUUUGUCAAAAAUGGAUAUUAUGAUUAAGGACGGAUAUGGCAAAGUUACAGCUAACUUGAAACUGCUGAACUCGAUAGAGAGUAAAAUUAUUUUUUCCAGCAAGCUGUCUGUUGAGGGACCACUUAGAAUGAAAGAAGAAUAUGUUGAAGGGAUUUUUGAAUCACCAAGAGUAAUUGAAGAAGCAUUACCAGAGCAGCUAAAAGGUGUAUUUAAUCAGGCAGUUAGCACAGUUCAGCAGCUUCCUGGAAGUAUUAGAGAUGUGGUGGACAGCGGGCUAAGAAUUCCUCUUAGUGGAUCUUUCCAGAGGCUGUUCAUGAUUUCUUAUCUUGAUGAAGAGAUACUUGUUCAUUUGGGACAUCACCUAGAUUUGAAAUCACCAUAUAAAAUUUUCGUCCUAUUUGCAUCUCAUUUUGAGUUUUCAACCCAUCCAUUGCCAUCUAUUGUUAAUCAGGUUUACCCUUGCUAUCUCCAUUAGUCUCCCAUGCUUUUCAAGUUAACUGUAAUAUACCUUCACAUUGAUCCCGGUGGUGCUUUUUCUCACAUAGUGGUGUAGAAAAGCUCUUUCAAUCUCUUAUACAUUUUGAUGGGAGUAUUGCGAAUAUACAGUAUACCUACCACCAUCAUGCUAAAUUUUUCAUCCUUGUUAUAGUUACCUCGUCUCCAAAUAAUUUGUUCACCAGACUUAAUUUUUUAUUCUCUACCGAAGAGCUAUACCAGCCAAUUGUCUGAAAACUCGAAGUAGAAUGAGGUCCUAAUGCUGGGACUGUUAUUUUUUUGUUUUACCGUUAUAACGGAUGGCAUCACU